AUGCUGGAAAUUGCAAAGUUUUUGAGCAACAGUAAAGGAAACACAAUUUAUCUAGGAUUUGGAGACAUUGCGUCCUACGGUCAUCCGACUCAGGAAUACACAGCUAUAGAUCGAAUGGCCCAUGAGGGUACAAGAUUCACACAAGCAUACUCUGCAGAUAGUAUGUGCAGCCCGAGCAGAGCCGGAUUCAUGACUGGUCGGUUACCAAUUCGACUCGGGGUCACUGGUGGACGACGAGUAUUUAUGCCUUAUGACAUAGGAGGCCUACCAAAACACGAAACAACCAUGGCUGAGAUGCUCAAGGAAGCAGGUAGAGACCGGUUUUACACGUUACUUUGGCUUAAUCAUGCAGGACGUAGAAGGUUGAAACAUGUCUUGCACCAGAUAUCUCAAAUUUGUUCAAAAAUGCGUGGGCGACAGCUUCACAUCUUUGAAAUAUUUUUUCUGUUCAUGCAACAUAAUUAAUG